AUGCCUCGAAAAAAGUCUGUAACCGCCACUUCCGAUCCCAUGCAAGUGGACAGUGGUAGUACCGCAUCAGCGAUAGGUGCCGUUUCCGAAGGACUGACUUUGUUGGAGAGUGCUCGGAGAGGAGAUGUAGCGCUUGUUAAAAAAUUGAUUGAAUCUGGUUUGGAUGUAAACUUGCCCGAUGACAGAUUUGUAUAUUAUGGAAUGACACCAUUGAUGUGGGCUUGCGAUAGUGGACAUGUACCUGUGGUAAACUAUUUACUAAGUGUUCCUGGGAUUAAUAUCAAUCAGGUCGAUGGUAUUACGGGAAGAACAGCUCUUCACUAUGCUGCAAUUAGAAAUUAUAAAGAAAUUUGUGACAUUUUAAUUAAGGCCAACAUCGACACAUCAAUUAAGACUGUACUGAACCACACUGCAGAAGAUAUGGCCUAUCUCAGAGGUCAACAUGAAUCUCUUGAAGUUCUCAAAUGA